CCUUGAACUCAGAAGAUUUCAAAAGAUCAAAACAAGUGGAUCUAAUUCAUCCCCACCGCACAAUCAGCAAAAAAUCCCUCUGUUUUUUUCUGGGUACAACUCGGGAAAAGAAAAAAAGAAAAAAGGAAAAGCCUUUACUUGAAUUUUGCUGGGAUAUUGAGAUGGGUAAGUUUGUGGUGUAAAGUGAAACUUUAUAUAAGAUCGAGAGGAUACUUGGCAUCCGAAUCUUUGUUUCUGGUAUCGGUCGGGAAUGGCCGAGCUCUGCCUGGUGCCCUGUCAUGGGUGCCCUUCGGGUCUCGUCUUCAAUCAAGAACAUGGCCUCAGCAGGGUGUUGAAGGAUUGUCAAUCACUUCCGGCAAAUUAUGGGGGGAGACAAGAAAUUGCAGGAGGGCUCCUUCACCUCAGCCGGAUCCAGAGUCAAUUUAAGGAGCGAUGGGAACCCAUAAGCGGAUUUCUGGAAUCCAAUCAGUGCGCAAAGAUUGACUCCACUGUGAGAAGUCCCAAGAUUAUUGACAUGCAAGAUGGCGGUGUGACAUCGGAGCUCUUCACUUUUCCGAUAUCUGAAAAACCAAUAAGGCACGAGGAAAUGCUGCAUUUCCAUGUGUCCAGAUCAAACGACCCAGAGAAAGUACUGGAAGAUGUGCCCCUGCUAGCAAACUUGGAUCUUCAAGCAAUCACAAACGAAAUUCUGUCCCGGCAACUCACGUCUCCUCUCAUCUAUCCCAAUGGUGAGCUAUACUCCCAGCAGCCUCUUCUAGACUUCGUUGGAGACUUGGCUCGGGAAUCCAAAAUUACCAUUCACCCUGAUGGCCGCGUGGAGUUCACUGGAAGUAGGACCGAGAUGAAGGACCUGCUCUCGGUUGUUGCAGAGUUUUACUUAUCAAGGAGCUCAGCUAACUGGAGAAAGCAUAUGUUGCUUAUCCCGCAUUUCAAUAGGCUGAAUAUCGAUGAGACUCAGGAUGUCUUUCCGAGGUCAGCUUUGAAACUUGAAGCUAUGACAGUUCCUCUGAAGAGCCCUGAAAAAGUCAAGACAAAGCCAUCUCAUCAGAAGAAGAGUGGGAGAAAGGCCAGGAAAGAACGGGACUUGUACAAGAGAAACUCGUUCCACACAUGCGAGAGCCUCCUGUCCCUACUGAUGGACAAGAGAAGGGAAGAGAAAUCAACCAUCCUCUCGCUCAAGAAAGCAGAACCCGAGCUCCCUGAGCUCCUGAACCAGUUCUCUGCAGGCAUUGCUGGUACAGGGAUCGCGGUUCUCUUCUCAGUGAUCUGUAAGGUUGCCUAUGGGAGGGUACCCUUCUGUGCGUCAAAGCUCCUGAGCACUGGAUUCGGGUUUGGGCUCGUCUGGCUCUCCUGGGCAGUGAACAAGCUGAGCUCCACGGUUACGUGCGUGAGCAGGAAUGCAGGGAAGGCCGGGGCCUUGAAGGAGAAGGAGAUGAUAGAAAGGAUCGAUAAGAGUGUGAAGGAGAUCCACUUCCGAGCCAUGACUAUAAUGGCCGUGGCUGUUCUGAAGUUCGUGUGAGAAGCUUUGCAUAAUUGCAUCCAUCACAGAUAAAGGAGGAGCAUCGAGAGCACUUGGAGUUACUGAUGGUACCGUAACUUUAGAUGCCGUGAUCGAGGUCUGUAGUAGGAUUGGUCUGCGUUGGGUAGGUUGCUGGUGAAUAUAGUACGGUGUAAAUUGCACUUUUGUAGGGGUGUGUGUGUGUGUAUGAAAGCAGAGAUGGUGGGCUCGACGGUCAGAUCAAAUUUUCUCGAGCUUUUGAGUUUCUCAAAUAUAUAUACAAUUUUGGAGUUUUCUAAUUUUCUAAUAUUAUUUAAUAAUUUCAUCUUCUUA